AUGGAUGCAGCCCGCAACGCGGAGCUGCAGCAGCAGCGGCAGCAGGAGCAGCAGCAGCAGCAGCAGCAGCAGCGCGAAGAAGCCGCGCUCGCCCUGCUUUCUCUCCACGAAAAAUAUAGUCCUCCUAAUUGCAAAUAUCAUCCUUUGCCUUCUUCUUUGGAUUCUUUUGGCCUUUUGAACAACAACGGAGAACUUACGGUGUCCGAUGUCUUCGGCCUCCCGGGCACUUCCGAGAGAGAAGAGUUCCUCAUUUCCUUCACCAUUCCCGCUGCAGCCCAAGACGGCCACUCCGUCUUGUCGCUGAGCGCCGAUUUACACCGCGACAGUUUCGUCGAGUUUAAGUACCUUGAGGUGUACAGACACCCCAAACAAGACCCGCCAAUGGUCCCCUUCAAACAUGCCCUCGAAACCCCCGCAGCAGCAGAAAAGCACCGGAGAGAAGCAGUUCAAAGUGCCAGCAUAAUGGAGGGCGCUGGGGGCUCCAAAACGCGGGCAGUGCUCAGCGCCCCCCUGACAGACGCUGAGAGAAACUUCGUUUACUACAUUGUAAUUGCUGUGGCCCCUGCUGCUGGGCGCCCCACUCUAAACCCUGAAGAGGGUUCGGCGGUGCUGCUGCCUUGCCACCCGCUGCGCCUCGACUUUGCCCUAGUGCCCUACGCUCGCAUGCACUUGCACAUGCCCUCAUCGUGCCCCUCUGUUUCAUUCCUCCCCAAAGCCCCUCCCGAAAUUACCCUAGACGACUCUGGCAUCAGCUUUGUGAGUGACUUUGAAAACCCUUUUGUGCUGAACUUCGCGGGGGAAGAAAGCUGGAAACCUUUCACGCGCUCUGUCUUCCAAACGGCCAUUCGGGUGCCUUCUCGGCUGCACCGUUUUGUGCGGAUUUUCAUGCGGGUUUUCUUUCGCUUUAUUUCGGGACCUUUUCAGCUCGUUUUGGAACUCUUCGAAGAAGAAAGUCCUCCAGAUGGCUACAUUUACAAACUCUGGCUCUUAGCAGGAGACCCCAUGUACUUCGAAGACAAGAACACUCAGUGCAUGCAAUUCGACUUCGAAUAUUCCCUAAAAGUCCGCCAAAAUUAUAUGCCAUUGUACCCUCUAAGGGGCCCCCAAGGGGCCCCCAAGGGGCCCCUUGGGGGCCCCAAGGAGCCCCCAAGGGGCCCCCAAAGGGGCCCCAAAAAGUCCCCAAAGGGGCCCCCGAAGGGGCCCCCGAGGGCCCCUGGGGGCCCCGUGGGGGCCCCCGGGGGCCCCCGGGGGCCCCCUGGGGGCCCCUUGGGGGCCCCCGUGGCCCUUUCUUUGAGAUUUUUUUUUGAGUCUAAAAUGACCCCUUUUGAAGUGACCUCCCACUCCUGGAUGUGCCCCUUCGCGCGGCUGCCGGGGCUGAUUGUGCAGCUCAAGAAAGACGCAGAAGGCGAGCGAGGGGAAGGGUUUGGGGAUUACGGGAUAGGUGUAAGGGUGUCGGGUUUAGGGUCUCGGGUUUGGGGUUUAGGAUUUGGAGUUAAGGAUGCAAUUAUGUCUGAUGAACUUGGCGUCGUAAAAAUGCACUUCGUGGACCUCAAGGGCUGGUUUGGAUUUCCCCCCGACGAAUUGGACUCGAUGGUCCACACGACGCGCCUUGUGCUGCAGCAGCCCAGGUUGGCAGCGGCGCUUUCGAAGUUCCUCGAGGGACAGUUGAGAGUCACGGAAGAUGCUCAGUUUGUCUUGGACACAAAAUAUGGAGUGCCCACCUCAGGACACCAUUUGCUGCGUCUGUCAGUGCCAAGAAGAUCUCUUUUAAAACUCUCCGUCCGCAGCAGCAGCGGCACUUCUCCCCAUUUGGUGGUUUACCCCGAGGGCCAGCCCGCGGCAGUCCUCGCGGAGGCCUACGGAGACCUCUUCAUGGAGGCGGACUCUGCGGAGGCGGACUCUGCGGGUUUGUACGUUAUAAGACUCACUUUAACUCCUGCGGUGUCUUCGGCCUCUUGUCCUUUCCUUCACUUCCACUUCGUCGUGGCCCCCCUUUCCCUCAUUCCCGUCUGCCCCUGGGCAAGGGGACUGCAACAGCAGCAGCAGCAGCAGCAGCAGCUCUCGCUGCCGCAGCUGCGGCAGGCCGCCCUCAACGCCUUCAACACCACCUUCGACGCCUCAAUGUUUCUGCCGAAGUCCGCUGCUGCUGCUGCUGCUGCUGCUGUCAUUGCUGCUGCUGCUGCUGCUGUUGCUGCUGCUGCUGCUGUUAGUGCUGCUGUUGCUGCCACUGCUGCUGUUGCCACUGUUGCUGUUGCUGGCGCCACUCCUACUGCUGCUGCUGUUGCUGCUCCCACUGCUGCUGCUGCAGCUGCUGCUCCCCUGCUGCAGCAGCAGCAGCAGCAACAGCAGCAGCAACUGUACAGCUGGCGUGUGGGGGCUGUUUCUGAAUAUACCGAAAACCGAAUUUUGCUGCUCUCUCGGGACCUCCCUGGGGGAGACUACAUUUUGAAGUUUGUCAUUUAUGACCAGGCUCAGCCAGAGACGGAGAGGCUGUGUGCGCACGCGACAAUAAACGCGGAACUGGGGGAAAACAACUCCGCACUCCUCAACGCCGUUCGAGCCGAACUCCUCGAAGUCCCAGACCUUUUGCCUGUCGAGCCUUUGCCGCGUUCUUUCAACUCCAGGGGGUGGCUGGCGAACCCUGACGUGCCGAUCUACGCGACUUCUGUCUUUGGCUUCCACAAAGACCCCGACCAGCAGCAGCAGCAGCAGCAGCAGCAGCAGCAGCAGCAGCAGCAGCUGCAGCAGCAGCAGCAGCAGGCGGUGGUGAGGUCCAGCCUGCACGUCAGCAAACCCACUGUCCUUCGGGUUGCAGCAGAACCCGCCUUGGCCUCUGACGGGCAGCUGAAAAUUCAGAUCUUCCCCAGCAGCAGCAGCAGCAGCAGCAGCAGCAGCAGCAGCAGCAGCAGCAGCAGCGGGAAGGAGCUGGUGCCUGUUGCUGAAGCAGCAAAUAACAACCUCUUCGCGCUGCUGCAGCCAGGCGCCUACAGCCUGGCCUUCGAGGGUUCUGAGCCCUUCUUGACCACAAUAGCCAUAAUGUCCAUCGACGCCCUUAGGGACUCCCUGAGGGGCCCCCGGGGGGCCCCCUAUGGGGGGGCCCCUGGGGGGCCCCUAGGGGCCCCCCUGGGGGCCCCCCGGGGGGCCCCCGCAUGCAGCGCAACGCUGCCAGUUGUCUCUUUGCCAUCUCCAAUUCCUGAAGAGUUUGAGAGCGAACAACUCGUGUUUGGAGUGGAGUUUGGGGCCAUUAAGGAGACGGGCGAGUUGCUGUCGCUGCCGCUGCGCCUCUCCUCCCCCUCUGUGGUGUAUGCGGAGGUCGGGUCCAACUUUGUUGUGGAUUUCGUCCGCGUGGGCAUAGAAGUGGCGGAAGGCCUUUGGCUGGGGGAGCAGCGGGGGCCCCAAAAUGCUUUGAAGUUGCUGCUGGAUGCUGGAGAACAUUCCCUCAAGGUUUCUGUGGAGACUGCUGCUGCUGCUGCUGCUGCUGCAGCGCAGCAGCAGCAGCAGCAGCAGCAGCAGGAGCAGCAGGAGCAGCUGCACCUCAUGCAGCAGCAUGAUAGGAAGGCACUCCUUGAGCAGGCCCAGGCGUCGGAGUGUUUGUACUUCUCGCUGCACUUGGCAGUUUACUCUUUGAGCAGCAAAAGAAAGCCCGAAAACAUUUUGGAAGAAUGUUCUGCUUUCGGGGCUCUCCCGCUGCCCGCAGACCUCAACAGCGCCAACGGCGGCAGCAGCUCCCUAGGGGGGCCUCUAGACAGCGACGGCCGCGCUGUGAUUCGAACCAAAGCCGUUCUGCACAGCGGCAACGCAGCAAACCACCGCAUAGCCAUCAAGACCCACGGCAAGGACUUGCUGAUCAAAGUCGGCACCUUCGUUGAGGACCAGACUCGCAGCAUCGGCAUGGCGCUGCAAGAUGGCGCAGCCCAAAAUGUAGAAGCUCUUCACGACUGGACGGUGGGAGGAGGACACCGGGAGCGCAUCUACAGGCUGAGGCCAUCACCGGACGACGCUGCGUUUCACCUGGUGCUUUCUGGAGACGGAGAAAGUUGUCUUCUUUUUGAUUUAUUUAUUCAAUCCAUUCCUUACGGAGAACUCGACCAGAUGACAGACUGCAGCGCCUUCAACGCCCCAGCCGUCUCUGUUGCAGACUUCUUCAAACCUGCUGUUGUUGCAGCAGCAGCAGCACUUUCAAAUGCAGGGGGCCCCCAGCAGGUGGUGUCGCCCCUGCAGCCGAUGGUGCAGAGCCAAGAGGGUUUUUUGAAAACAAUUGAAUUUGAAGUUUCUGAGCCCUCGUUCGUUUUGGCCGAAGUCGGAUAUAACUUUUUGGGCUCUCAUGUGGAAAUGGACUUAGUCACAGGAGACGCAAAACAGCCCCAAACAGUGGCUACGGCGGAGUUGGACUUUUUGCAUGCGGGAAAUCAUCCAGUUAAUGUCCGCCAGUGGCUGGCCACGCAUGUGGACCCGUAA